UAGUCUCUCUAAAAUUUUGUUGUCAUUUUAUUUUUAAUUAAUGAGCUCUUAGCUUGUUCAUGAUUUUUAAGCAUAUAUAUGGGUGCAUGGGUAACAUUUCAGCUGCAGCAAAAGAAGCCUUUGCCUUCCAAUCUUAGUCGUAGCUCUCCAACUGCGAUAAGCUGUCUCGCAACCUUACUGAAGGAGCCUGUGGUUAAAGCAUUCUUUGUCCACUCUAAUGGAGUUAGGUUGCUCGUUCCUUUUAUAAACCCACCUUUCAUUCAACCGUCAAUUCAGCUUGUGUAUGAAACAUGCUUUUGUGUGUGGCUUUUAUCUUACUAUGAACCCGCCAUUCAGCACUUGGCUACCUCUAAAGCUCUUCCCCGACUCAUGGAUGUUGCGAAGAACUCCACAGCGGAAAAGGUUGUUAGAGUUGUCGUCAUGACUUUUGAAAACAUGCUCCCCAAAGGGAUAUUUGAUUCACAAAUGAUAGAACUUGAUUUAUCAGAACUUGUUCGGAGUUUAAAAUUACAAACAUGGAGUGAUGAGGAUCUAUUGGAUGCUUUAAAUCAAAUAGAUGAGAAUUUAAAUAAGAUAAAAGUAUUAAAAUCUUUUGAUAUUUACAAAAAAGAAGUUCUCAUUGGUCGUCUUGAUUGGUCUGCUAUUCGAAAAGAUUCUACAUUUUGGUCUAAUAAUAUUGCGCAAUUUGAAGAGAACAACUUUCAAAUUUUAAGAGUCCUGAUUACAAUUUUGGACACAUCGUGUGAUCCAAGAGCUUUGGCUGUUGCUUGCUUCGAUCUGUCACAGUUCAUCAAGCACCAUAUAGACGGUCGAUUCAUAGUGACGAAGCUCAACGCCAAGGAACGAGUGAUGAAGUUGUUGGACCACAAAAAUGACAAAGUUACCAAAAAUGCAUUAGUAUGCACUCAGAGGCUAUUACCAAAAAUGACAAAAAGUGUUCUUUAUUAG